AUGACGACGAAGCGUUUGGGAAAGUAUCAAGUCACUGGCCCGAAACUGGAAAUCAUGAAUACUAUUGCAAAAGACAAAGGACUAGGCACCUUCCACAUGGUCCUCACGCUGCAACCAAAUUACGGUAACAAGGGUCUUGAUAAAGAAUGGCCAUCUCUGUUUGCCUUAAUUACUCACCUGACCGUGCUACCAGAGAUGUUGCCAUGUCCUCUGCGCCUACAGCCAAUCUGUUCUGCAGCAAACCCUGGUUAUCAAAAGACCGAGCUGCCUAAAAAUCCUGGUAACCUAGCCACCUGUAGCUUUGGUCCGAAUCAAUCAGCUUCUGCUAUAUCCGAUAGUCUGCCCACUUGUAUAAACAUGGACUCUCCGAUUUGCCCUGCCGAACCUGUUGUUCGUACGGGCCAAAGAUCAGCGUCAUUACAUUCAAGUGGAGCCGGGCUGUUCUUUGAAGACCGUGCUAUUACGACUGUUUCUGUUGCUCCUCCUGUUAGUCCCCAGCACCGACAGUCGGCGGCGGAGUUGCCUUCGAGGCCUGUGGCUCCAAGAUGUGCUCUGCGAGCCGAUGUUCUCAUUUCAAAUGUACCAGCUUGCGCCCACUCUUCAAUUCGGGGGCAUCAGACUAUUUUGCAGACGCAACCGAAACAACAACCACUGCCACCGCAACCUCAGUCAACUGUCUUUGCGUCUGGAGUCAGAAAUAUAAAUGGUAUAUUUUACGGCGUUCCAUCUUCUGGUUUUCCUUAUAAGAUUCGGCCUUUAGCGCCUGAAACUGUUCCGACGGCCAGUGAACCAGAUAACAAAUCUGAUCGUUCUGCUGAACCUCUCAUUUCAGAGAAAUGCAACGCAUCUUCCAUUCGGCAAGUUCCCCAUGAAGCCAGAGCUCCAAUUCCUAGACGGUCAAUAUCAGCUGAAUGUCGUGCCGGCACGGAUCUGGUGGAUUCAGAAUUAAAGCCUGUCUACGACGGUGGAUUCCAGUUUAACAGUGGUCAGAUCACCGGUCGCCAGCUAGGAUUGAACUGA